AUCAAUUGUGCUAAGAUGUAUUUUCGAGUGCCUCCGUAUAAAUUACAAAAUCAGCCCAUUUCUGGGCUAUCUCGCGUAUUAAAAAUGAAAACAUCAACGCUUUUCAUUGUGUGCCUCCUCUGGAAUAUUGAAUUUUUGGCGGCCCUUCAACGAUUGAACCAUUUUUCAACCUAUAAAGACGUCGGCCGUUAUCACGCCUUUAUUCGAGGCUUCGGCCAUUGUGCCUCCUUUGUUCUCUUUCCAGAGAUUUUUUAUCUUGUAUCCUUUCCUUCAGAUUUUCUUUUCCUAUUUCCAUUUCUCUCCCUAGAGGAAGGGUUUUGGCGUCCUACGAGGGACUACAUCAUUCUAUAUUUUUCUUUGUAAAUAGAUUCUCAUCCUAUCUACAAAAUGACCAUGGAAGUAGACGACUCCCACGUGGCUGCCGCCCUUAAUGCUUUAAUAUCUGAAUCCGUUUCCACGCAUGAGUUACACGCUAAAGCUCGUGCUAAAAGAUCCAAUGAGAAAGAAAUUUUCUUUCGCCAAGAGUCCGCGUAUAAACACGACGCCGGCCCAUUUGACGUUCAUAUUCAACGCCUUUCCAAUUCAAAUUCUUCAUUACAUCCUAUUCACGUAGGAAGAAUCGUAUGUGAACUUAAUAUUAAGGAGAUUUUAGAAAUCAAAAAAGUAAGAUACUCUAAAGUAUCAAUAUAUUUUAAAACCAGAGAAGCCGCUAAUAUCUUAGUAGAGAACAAGAGAUUCUUUCAUAAAGAUCUAGUAGCAUUUAUUCCUCCCUUCCGUACUUCCAGGAAAAGUAUUAUUAAGGAUGUAUCAUUGGACCUCACUGAACAAAUGAUUAUAAGCAACAUUUCAAGCCCCAUCAAGAUUGUAGCUGCAAAUAGGCUGAAUCGUAGAGUCACUAUAGCUUCUAAUACGAAUUCACAAGAGGAUUCUUCUUCUAAUUUCUCUUAUGUACUUUUUUUUCUGUUUCGCUCACUUUUGAAGGACAAAAAAUUCCAAAAUAUGUGUAUAUGUAUCAGAUAUCCUAUAUCUCCAUAUAUUGCAAGAGUCUCACAAUGCAAUCAUUGUUUUAGAUUUGGACAUAUACAAAACAACUGUAAAAGCCAAUCACGCUGUAUACGCCAGUGUGGCGGUUAUAUCUUUUCUACGGAUAAUUGUCCAUGUGUUCUUCAUCCUUCGAAGUGUGCCAACUGCCAGGAAGAACAUAGAGCAGACUCUUCUCUCUGUCUCGAACUUGCCACUCAAAAGAAAAUUAGGAAAUACGCAGCCUAUAGAAACAUCUCUUUGUUAGAUGCGAAAGAAAUCUUCAAAGAAUACAUCCUAACCAACUCAAUCUCCAAAUCAGUAAUCUUUACCGACUCCAAAAGUGUUACCGAAGCUCUUCUUUUUAUCAAUCUAGCUCAUUCUCUCAAUCACAUCAUCUUCGCCAUUAAACAGAAACUCUAUAAAAUUAAAUCUGCUGGAUUUGAAAACUCCAUUGUAUGGAUCCCGGCACAUUCAGGCAUUCUUGGAAAUGAAACGACAGAUUAUUUGGCGAAGAAAGCCAUUUCCAAAGAUCCCUCCUGCUCAUGUGAAUCACCGAAACAAGACGCAGAUCACAUAUUUUGGAGCUGUCCUCAUUACAACAAAGAAAGCUGCUUCUAUCUCAACUGGCGAAACACAAGAAAACAUCAUCAUUUGGAAUUCAAGAGAUUUUGA